GAAACCGUUGCCGCCUCCCGGGGAGGAAAAUGCAAGAUGGCCCAGCGGGGCCGUGAGGGGCUCCGAGGCGCCCCUUCUCAGCCCGCCGCCGCCUGCCCCACGCGUAGGGCCGGCGGGAAGCGCUGAGGCCAACCCCGCCGCACCACAGCCCGUCCCCGGCGGGGGCACCGAGCCAUGGGGCUCUGCUACAGCCUGCGCCCGCGGCUCUUCGGCGACGCCGGCGGUGGCUCCAUCUCCAGCACCGGCGCCACCUCGGAGCCCGAAGCGCCGGCGGAGCCUCACGCCGCCCCGCAGCCGCAGCCCCUCGGCGCCCCGCUUCGGCCCGGCGGUAAGCCCGGCGGGGAGGCGGACGGGCCGCCGCUGCUACUGCAGAACGGCGGCGGUAACGGGGCGACCCCCGAGCGGCCGCCGCUGCCCAAAGCCGGCGGCGCGGGGAAGGCGGCGCGGCAGCAGGCGCUGCACCAGCCGCCGGCGCUGCAGAGAACCUGGGAGAAGCUGCGCCUAGAGGAGCGGGAGGCGGAGAAGGAGGCGAGGAAAGUCAGCAAGAGCAUCGACCGGGCGCUCAAGGAGCAGAAACGGGAGUACAAGCAGACGCACCGCCUGCUGCUGCUGGGGGCUGGUGAGUCAGGAAAAAGCACUAUUGUGAAACAAAUGCGAAUCCUACAUGUCAAUGGAUUUAAUUCAGAAGAAAAGAAACAGAAAAUACUGGAUAUUCGGAAAAAUGUUAAAGAUGCGAUUGUGACUAUAGUUUCAGCUAUGAGCACUUUAAUACCCCCAGUUCCAUUGGCCAACCCAGAAAACCAAUUUCGAAUGGACUACAUCAAGAGUAUAGCUCCUCUUUCUGACUUUGACUAUACAAAGGAAUUCUUCGAACAUGCAAAAAAGCUUUGGGAUGAUGAAGGUGUAAAGGCAUGCUUCGAGAGGUCAAAUGAAUAUCAGCUGAUUGACUGUGCACAGUACUUUUUAGAAAGAAUUGACAGUGUCAGCAUGGAUGACUACACACCUACAGAUCAGGACCUAUUAAGAUGCAGAGUGUUGACAUCAGGGAUUUUUGAAACAAGAUUCCAAGUAGAUAAAGUAAAUUUCCACAUGUUUGAUGUAGGUGGCCAGAGAGAUGAGAGAAGAAAAUGGAUCCAAUGCUUUAAUGAUGUCACGGCUAUCAUCUUCGUUGUGGCUUGCAGCAGCUACAACAUGGUAAUAAGGGAAGACAAUAACACAAACAGACUGCGGGAAUCCUUGGACCUUUUCAAAAGUAUCUGGAAUAAUAGGUGGUUACGGACCAUUUCUAUCAUUUUGUUCUUGAAUAAACAGGACAUGCUGGCUGAAAAAGUCUUGGCAGGGAAAUCAAAAAUCGAAGAUUACUUUCCUGAAUACGCACAUUAUACUGUACCUGAAGAUGCAACACCAGAUGCAGGAGAAGACCCCAAAGUCACAAGAGCCAAGUUCUUCAUCCGGGAUGAGUUUUUAAGGAUAAGUACAGCGAGUGGAGACGGCCGGCAUUACUGCUACCCCCACUUUACAUGUGCAGUGGACACAGAAAAUAUCCGCAGGGUGUUCAACGACUGUCGAGACAUCAUUCAAAGGAUGCAUCUCCGCCAGUACGAACUCUUGUGAGGGGGCUCACCGUGGAACCUGUGGUUUUAAAUUCUUUGCUCCUUACUCUUUCUCUUGAUACUACCCCACACAGGGUGGAGGAAUAUACUAUAGAAAUGUCAGUCUCUUCACUUUGUUUACUUUAAUUAUUUAACCUUAAAGCUGAUUUGAAGCAAGUUUGGGUUGGUUUUCCUUCAUGCUUUUGGGGACUAUUUUUGUGCUUUAUUUUGACAUGCCACUUCUUCGUCAUUCCACUAAGCCCUUCGGCUACCUCUGUUCCCGUAGGUUUUGUGUUUUUAACUGAACGUGACCUGCUAAAUUUUUCCAGCAGGUUAACAUCAGUGCAAACUGGUAUGUCAGCUGGAUGACACUAAAGUCAUAGCUUAUCCCUCUGUGUGGGUUUCCUUUUUAACAUGACAUUGAAGAGUACUUGAUGGGUGAAAAAAAAAGAUUAAUGCACUUUGUAUCAGGUUAUUAAAUACUGUUGAGGAAGUAGACACACAAUGUAGCAGCACCACAAUAUUUAUUACUCUGUCACAGUUUUUAGCAUUUCUGAGUUGCAGGUCAACUGAUAAAGUGACCUCCUCUUUUAAGCCGUUACUGGCGCAGGAAGUAGAGUAGAUAAUGAGAGGAAAAGUGAAGACAAAGCAAUUUUUCUGGGGUUUUGGAGCUAAGUGUCUCUGCACACCUCAGGCAUUUGAAUUACAGCUACUUUUCAGCCUGUUGCAUCUAGGCAGAAACUUUACCACCCUCACUUAUGUUAUUUGUGCUGUCCACAAAUGAUCCUUUUAGUUCAGAUCAUUCUUGGACAACAGUCCUCUCCCUAUAUAUAUUUUUUUGUUUUACUGCUGGUUUAUUAUAUUGUACAGACUGUAAAAUGUAAUAUUAUUUUGUACAACUUUAUUGAAGAAAAAUACUUGUAGAAGAUCUUUGUGCCUUGAUUAUGGCUGUACCUGUAAAAUGAGCUAAGAUGUAAGUAUGUUUUUGAUUGCGCUGUACAGCUUGAUGUCAACCUUACCUGCAGCAGUGACUGGAGGUAAGAACUUUAUCUGUAGAGUUUAGGGGUUUUUUUCUGGUUUAUAUAAAAAUGCUCUUUAGUAUAAAAAUUAUAAAUUAUGCAAAUUAACCACUUACCUUUCCAAGUAAGGUAUUAUUACAGUCACCGGAUGUUGCAGCAAACAUGCCUUUCUCUUUUGAAGCCUCAGCUUUAAAACAUUGGAAUUCAUUCGAGUGUCCAAAUUGCAACCUGGUGUUCUUUUAAUGGGAACUAAGGAUUUCAGUUUCUUCUUUUUUCCUUUCGAUUUAGAAAAUAUGUUUGGUAAUUCUUUGGUCAUUCAUAGAACUUCACAAUUGCACAGACCGAUUGUGAAUGUGUAAAGCACCAUUAUAUAGAGCUCUUCAACCUUUGUACCAACAGCGGCUUUCAUUGUGCAAGUAAAUAGCAAGAAAGAAGAAAAAAAAACUAAAAACAGGUGUAUAAACCCUUGUGUCUGGCCUAAGAGAAUUACAAGAUGACAUUUUUAUUUCUCUUUUAAUAAAGAGACACAUUAGAAAAUUGUUUUUAUUUUAAAUAUUGUAGAAUCAAAAUGUGUGACUAUUUCUCAAACUUGAAUAAUUUAUGCAAAUGACAUUCUCAAAACAAGUUGUGGUACAGUACAAUAUAUAAAAGCAAGAAUUGCUGUAGCAAUAAGGCAUGUCCUUUUUAGUAACUAUAACACUGCUUUAUAUUUUAUACAUAGGUGUUUUAUGUCUGUGACUAUAUACUUUUCCUGUGUCCAAGAUAACCUGUACAAAUGUCUAAAAUUACAGUUGCAAUAACAGAAACCUAGAGAAGUGUUAGACUACAUUACUUUAUAGAAUGUUUUACCACACUUCGGACCAUUCCCCCACUUUGUUUUAAAUUUAGAGAGAGAUUAAGAGCUAACAACAAACACAUGCCCCACAUUGGCAUAUAAAUCAGCAGGUUUGAUUAACUUCUUAGUAUAAGCAUUGUUAUUAGUUAUAAACCCCAAUCGGUCACCUUUUCAAAUUCAGAGUACAGGUGAAUUGAGAACUUGUUCCUAUUGGAUGCUAUACAGUCCCAUUUUAGAUACUGUGACCAUUUCCUCUUCCCAGAAAUGUCUGUACUUUGAUAUCUGUACACUCAAUUUAGUCAUCAGAUAAUUUCCAGAAAGCGACAGGCUGGGUGGAAUAAGUGAAUAACAAAUAAAAUUCCCCAAAGAUUUUCUCACUUCCCGUGCCAAAGAAAGUAAUAGAGUGACUAACAAAAACUAGUCUUGUCUUUAAAACAGGCUCCAACCCAGGAGUUCAGGUCAGAGCUCCCAGCCUCUGCAGGAAUGCCAGCAGGAACACUGGUCCUGGUGUGAAACAGUCCCUCUGGUUCUUCUAGGGCGGGUGGGGAGAAGCUUCCCUCCCACCCAGCACAUGAAGAUGCUGACCUCCGCCUCCCCGCAGAGGGGCUAGUGCAGUUCAAAUUGUGACUCUACAAUAAAGUGAAAAGAACUUGGCAGCCCAGCAGGAAUCCAAAAUACGGUGCAUUCCUAUCCCUAUUUGUCCAUAGACUGAGGGCCAAGGCAUAGGAUAAUGUUACUGCAGCUGUAUUUGACCUUCCUUCUUGCAGAAGAUCGGCAACAGGAGGGCCCCUCACCACGCAGAUCUCUGGGAUGCAAUAGGGCCCUCUUUUUUUAAGCUCAUCAUAGCACAUCUUUUUAAAAAGAGCAGCUUGAGGUGUCACCCUAUUUUUUUUUAAGCAGGUUUCAAGUGUGUAUCAGCAAACUGGAUCCAUGAGCUUCUUGUUGUUGUCUGGUAGACGAUAACUGCAAACUGUAGUCAGCUAACAACUUAAUGUGUCAGGAACUGGUAGAUUUCUUGUCCCAUACCCCAGUCCCUUACAUACAACAUCCUAAAAAGGUUACGGAGAUCCACAUCUCUCCACGCUGAUGUAUCUAGUUUCUGCCUGACCCUAACAAACAGGAGUAUGACAUUAGAAGGGCCAUGCAGCAAUAAAACAGAGAAACAUUUCCAGUUUGCAGGACUGAGCCUCCACCAGGGUAAGACACUAGUGCAGACAAGUGAUGAGGCUAUUGGAUUUACAUAAUGUACAGUUACACUUUUAAUAUACAUGUUUGAUACAAAAAUUAUAGCAGGAAAAGGACUCAUUUGAUUGUCGAAUACAGUAUUUUUGUACAGCAUGAAACGCUCAUUUCAGUUAAUUAUUUAUCCUGUAGUAGUCAUAUCAGCUGUAUAGGACUUCUAUGGUAUGUGUAAAUGCAACCUGCCUUCAGACUAGCAAUCAAAUUAGGUCAUUUGCUGGCAUGAAUAUAGUCUGAUGUUUGACUGUUCUCAGCUUUGGUAUUUCAGUGACUGAAUGCAGAUGUCUGGCUCUUCAUACUGCUUUAUGCUUACUGAUUAAACGCUGAGCAAAAUAAAAUGGUGGAGUGAGAAGCUGAAAA